AUGUUGGACAAAAAUCAACCCUCAUCCACAACGGAUGUGGUUGUUCAACCCGGCCCUUUGCCUAGCAAAACAACCACAUCCGGACGACGCUGGUGGCACUGGCACGAGCCAGGUACCACAAAGGAGGAGAAAUGGCUUAUCUUCAAACUCGACUUUUUUAUCUUACUCUACUCUUGUCUUACUUUCUUCAUCAAGUACCUGGACCAAACGAAUGUGAACAACGCGUACGUUUCGGGAAUGAAAGAGGACCUAAACCUUCAGGGAAAUGAACUCAAUUGGUUCACUACCUAUUUCAACAUCGGCAUCAUCGUAGGGGGGCCCUUUAUCACAAUGGCAAUUACAGUCGUCAGACCGCGAUACCUGCUGCCAGUCAGCACACUAGUAUGGUCUUUCUUCGUCUUAUUUAUGUACAAGGUACAGGAUGCAAAGACUCUCUAUAUUCUAAGGUUUUUUGCCGGUUUAUUUGAAUCCGGGGCCAUGCCAGCCGCAUUUUACAUGAUUGGAAGCUGGUACCGCACGUCAGAGAUCAGUCGACGAUCAGCACUUUACUGGUUUGCUUCCAUUGGCGGCGGGAUGUUCUCAGGCUAUAUCCAGGCUGGCCUGCACCAAGAUAUGAACGGAAAAGUCGGCCUUGCCUCUUGGCGCUGGGUCUUCAUAUUCGACUUCAUCAUCGGUAUUCCGAUCGCAAUCUUCGGGUUCUUGUGUUGUCCAGAUGAGCCGAAUGGAGAGCGCCCCUGGUGGAUGACGGAGAGGGAACGACAAAUGUCGAUCAAACGAAUUGCCGAGGAGAAUCGCAAUACAUCCAAGUUGGAGUGGAACUGGACCACAGUAAAGCGAAUCCUUACUUCGUGGCAGUUCUAUAGCUUUUGCCUAGCAUGGGCCUUCAUGGAGUGUACAUGCGGAGUCAACCUCCAACGGUGGAUGACCUUGUAUCUGAAGUCUCUGAAGAUAGAUGGUCAGCCUCGGUACUCUAUUGAGAAGAUCAACAGCCUCCCCACUGUCAUCGGUUGCGUUGAGCUGGCGUGGCUUUUACUCAGCUCCACACUGGCAGACUUUCUACAAGUGCGAGCACCGAUUAUUGCAGGUUUGGGGGUAAUGCAGCUCGUUUCUUACAUUGUAUUCUACAUAUGGUCGACCAAUACUGCCCUCAUGGCUGGGAUGUAUUAUCUAUGCAGUGCCUACGGCGCCAUUUCACCGUUGAUCAGUUCCUGGCUGAACUCCAGCUGCGGUGGAGACAGGCAGCUCCGUGCUCUGACGACCUCACUCAUGAUCUCAAUCGGAUAUGCCGUUGAAACUGUCUCUCAGCAGUACAUGUUCCCCACCUCAGAGGCGCCGCGGUUCGAACGGACCCAUGGCUACGCAUUUGGAAUUGGCUGGGUGGUUGUGAUGGUUGUUUGGUGUGGGCUCUUGCUGCCGUUGAUUGAAAGACACUUUGCGAGGAAAUUGAUACAACCUGGGCUAAAUUGUUGAAAAACGACUGGGUGGAUGAUGGUGGUUUUUAGCACUGGUGGGUUACAAUUGGUUCAAUGGUGAGGCUUGGACCACUUUGACGGCGCUGUAGUCUACCUACAUAGGUAGCUGUAACCUCAAGACCAUUUCUACGGUAUCCACUUACUGUCUUCCUUUUGCAUUCAGCUGUUUUUUGUAUUAGUCAUUUAUUGUGCGCCCAAUAGAAAUCAUCAAUACUAGGGGAAUAGAAAAGGAAAG